GAUAACACAGAGAUCACCAAACAAUCUUCCACACACCCGUGCACAGCUGUCGCACAAUGGCUUCGACUUCGGCAUCGUCUGCCGCCAAGGCUGACCAGCCUGUUGCCAUCGUCUGCGUUGGCAUGGCAGGAUCCGGCAAGACAACCUUUAUGCAACAAAUCAAUGCCCAUCUCCACGGAAAGAAGGAGCCCCCUUAUGUCAUCAACCUCGACCCAGCAGUCACCCACUCGCCCUUCGAGAGCAACAUUGACAUCCGCGACUCGGUCAACUACAAGGAGGUGAUGAAGCAGUACAACCUCGGCCCCAACGGCGGCAUUCUCACAUCGCUGAACCUCUUCGCCACCAAAGUCGACCAGGUCCUCGGCCUACUCGAGAAGCGCACGGCGCCCAAGCCCGACGACCCGACGCACACGCCCAUCAAGCACAUCCUCGUCGACACGCCGGGCCAGAUCGAGGUGUUCGUCUGGUCCGCGUCGGGCCAGAUUCUCCUUGAGUCGCUCGCUUCAUCCUUCCCCACCGUCAUCGCCUACAUCAUCGACACCCCCCGGACGAGCUCGACGUCGACCUUCAUGAGCAACAUGCUGUACGCCUGCAGUAUCCUUUACAAGACCAAGCUGCCCAUGAUUCUGGUGUUCAACAAGUCGGACGUUAAGGACCCGGCUUUUGCAAAGGAGUGGAUGACCGACUAUGAUGCGUUCCAGGCUGCGCUGCAGGAGGACGAGACCAACAACGCGUUUGGCGGAGCGGAGGGCAGCGGCGAUGGCAUGGGCUCGGGCAGCGGAUACAUGGGCUCGCUGUUGAACAGCAUGAGUCUGAUGUUGGAGGAGUUUUACGCACAUCUGAACGUGGUGGGCGUCAGUUCGCUGUACGGGACGGGCAUUGACGAGUUCUUUGCCGCGGUUCAGGAGAAGGCAGAGGAGUUCAAGCGCGACUACCAGCCUGAGCUCGAGAGGAGGCGCGAAGAAAGGGAAGAGAACAAGAAAAAGGCUCGGGAGAGGGAACUCAACAAAAUGAUGAAGGGAAUGUCGAUGGGCGACGCGGCGGGCGACGUCACAGUGGGUGACGUCAAUGAUAAAGAGGCCCCCGAGCCGUUGAGCACGGACGAGGAGAGCAGCGACGAGGAAUAUGGUGACGAUCCCAACGACGAGUAUGACCGCGAGGGAUUGCAGGCGAGGUACGCCGCUGCCAUGCAGGGCGAAGAUGAUUCGGUUUUGGCCGACGCAAGUUUUGCAAAGUACCUCCACAGCCAGAGGUGAUGAGAUUGGCCAUUGGUAAGGAAAGGAUUUAUCGAGCAAUGCUGGCAAGAAAAGUGAUUCAGAGGGAGGGAGAAUUAGCAUACAACCGGCGUUUUCAGAGUGAUACCAUACCAAUAUUUUAGGUGGCAAAAACAUGAUCAAUAAUGAGAA